GGUUGGCCCCCUGUCUUUUCAAUUGGCCCGCCAAUCCUUCCUCCCCUCCCACUCAUUCCUUCCCCAUGGCAACUUCCAAAUCACAAUUGCCCAUCUACAUUUCGAGUUGCCCCUCUCCAAUUUGGCCCCCAAUCCUUCCUCCCACUCAGUUUCCCCCAUGGCAAUUUCAAAAUCACAAUUGCCCAUCCACAUUUCGAGUUGACCCCUCUCUUCUCAAUUGGCCCCAAUCCUUCCCCCACUCAUUUUCCCCCAUGCCAAUUUCCAAUUCACAAUUGCUCCCAACCCUCUUCCACUUCCAAUUGGCCCCUUCUUUCCCCCCAUCCACACACUCCAUGACAAUUUUUAAAACAAAGUUGCACUACCAUCCUUUACCCGCAAUCGACCAUUUCAUUCACCCACACAUAUUCUCUCAUCAAAUGGCAAUUUACCAGAUGCAAUUCUUUGUCUUUUUUAAGUUCGUUUAUUAUUUUUUUGCGCCAUUUUACUUAAUCACUUUAGAUAUGUCUAUUUCUUUGAGUAAAAAACUUUUUUUAUACAUUCCACGACUAUGCACUCGUUUCUCUGAUAGACUGAUAUUCACUGUUAAAGUUAUUAAUUUUUGAAGAACAAUCUUUACGUUUAUUGCGUGUUUAUAUUUUUUUGUCAAGGUUGCUAUCAAAUUUUGCUGAUCGUUUUUAUUUUUGUUGUGUAUAUUUUUAGUAAGUAUUUUGAAAUUAAACUAAAAAUUAUUCGCUUUUGUCAAUUUAGUGGAUACUGUAUUAAUAUAGUCUUUUUGAAAUUAAUUCUUUUUUUGUUUUGUUGAGUUUUUUGUGUUUAUAUAAUAUUUACUUUGAACAUUUCAUUGUAACAGUUAAAAAUUAAGUCAAUGAUCAAAUUUUUUAAUAAUGCUUUCAUUGUUUCAAUCAAUUAUAUUAAAUUGUUAUUAUAUUUU